AUGUGUUUUAAUAAUCUUUAAUACUAAUUCAUUGAUAUUGUUUGUUCUUACCUAGGAAAUAUGCUGAUUCUCUGGCUGCUGCUUCUCACCAUGCUAACCCUCCAUUCCUGGCUGAGGCACAAAUAUGCCUAUUUUAAGAGGUUCGGAAUACCCCAUCUGCCUGUUUCCUCCUGCUCCCCACUGGGUCACCUCGGUCAGCUAUUGUUUCUCCGCAUUUCCUUUGGAGAUCUCUUUAAAAAUAUCUACGCUGAUCCACGCUGCAGUCAGGCCAAGGUUAUGGGCUUCUUUGUGCUACAGACCCCGGCUCUUAUGAUCAGAGAUCCAGAGUUAAUCCGCCUGGUGCUGAUCAAGCAUUUCAAUAGCUUCCUGAAUCGCUAUGAAGCGGCGGAUGUUGGAGAUCCUAUGGGAAACUUGACGUUGCCCUUGGCCAAGUAUCACAACUGGAAGGAGAGCCGUCAGUGUAUGUCGCAGCUCUUUACCAGCGGUCGUCUACGUGAGAUGAUGUAUCCCCAGAUGCUGAGUGUGGUCCACGACCUGGAGAACUAUCUGAAGAGAAAACUGCGGGACCUACCGGACCGCGUGCUUCCGUUGAGCAGAAUGUGUCAGCUGUACACCACCGAUGUGACGGGAAAUCUCUUCUAUAGCCUGGAUGUGGGAGGAUUACGUCAGGGACGAUCGCAGCUACUGAAGAAAACCAAGGAGUUAUUUGAAACCAGUCCACGCAAGGUCUUGGACUUUAUGAGCGUAUUCUUUCUGCCCAAGUGGACCAAGGUUGUAGGAGCCAAGGUCUUCAGUGAAGACUACGCACUGUUUAUGAGAAACUUGGUCAAGGAUCAUGAGGAGCCCAAAAAGGGGGAUCUUAUUAAUCAAUUGCAGUACUUUCGACUGAGUCGCUCUUCCAAUCACUACUCCCAACAUCCUGACUUUAUAGCCUCCCAGGCGGGCAUUAUACUCCUAGCCGGUUUCGAGACCUCCUCAGCCCUUAUGGGUUUCACUCUCUAUGAACUGGCCAAGGCACCCAACACGCAGCAGCGCCUCCGGCAAGAACUAAGUGACGCUUUUGGUGCUAGCUGCACUUCCUCCAUCGACUAUGACACAUUGACUGCCUUGCCUUAUCUCAAAAUGGUUUGUCUGGAGGCCUUGCGUCUGUAUCCAGCGGCUGCUUUUAUUAACAGAGAGUGCACAAGUCCUGAGCCAGAAGGAUUCUCCCUGCAGCCGCAUUUGGACUUUGUGAUACCCCGUGGAAUGCCAGCUUACAUUUCUAUUCUGGGCCUGCAGCGUGAUAAAAAGUACUGGCCCGAUCCUUGCCGCUUUGAUCCCGAGAGAUUUGCCCCCGAACGCCUUGAAAGUAUUGUCCCCAUGACCUAUAUACCCUUUGGAGCUGGUCCCCAUGGCUGCAUUGGCAGUCGCCUGGGUAUUCUUCAACUGAAGCUGGGCCUGGCUCACAUUUUAAAACUAUAUCGGGUGGAAGUCUGCGAGCGGACAGUUCCAAAGAUUCGUUUCAAUCCUAAGAGCUUUAUGCUAGAGUCUCGAGAUGAGAUAUAUUUACGGUUCUGCAGGGAGUCUAUGACUUAAAACUUGUAUUAGAGGGCACCUUAUGGCUGUGAAAAUUACGAUUCCUAAUUACAAAAAGUAUUC